GCGCUAAUUGUAAGUUAGCACUACAAUGCAGAAGAUUGUUCCUUACAUUCUACAUUUUCGCAUGUUUUUGUGUAAAAACCGAAUGAUUUGAAUGAUAUAGUUCCUGAUUUCAUCCUGCUCCGUUCGGUCAACAUUGCAACACUAUCCCGGCGUCGGCGUUGUUUAUUUCUUCUAUGCUAUCCCGGUCCCUGCGCACGGAGCACGUGAGCUUUUUAAUGAGAAUUUCUGGAAUCUAAGCAGCUUCCUGUUGGGUUAAAAUGGCUGAAAAGACGGACUGGCGUUUCAAAAAGCAGAGUUUGACUGAAAGGCUGCGUCAUAUUUUUGAAUCUAAAAUGUAUUCGAAUGUAAAUUUCAUCGUUGGCAAAGAUUUGAAUACCAAACUUGCUGCCAACAAGUUAAUAUUAGCAGCAGGAAGUGAGUUGUUUCACAGAAUGUUUGUCGAUAACAUGGGAAUACUAACUGUCAUUGAAGUACCUGACGUGGAGGCUCCAGUCUUUGAAGCAUUCAUCCGGUUUCUGUACACCGAUGAAGCUGUUUUAAAGCAGGAAAUAGCUUUCCCCUUAUUGUACUUAUCAAAAAAAUAUGGUGUUCCAGGUUUGACUAACCGUUGUCUUGGAUUCCUUAAAAAUAGUUUGAAUCCAAGUAAUGUCUUCACUCUGUUAUUGCAAGCAGUCAAAGUAGGUUGUGAUGAGGUUCAAGAGGAUUGCUUCAAAAUUAUAGAUGACUAUACUCUAGAAUCAAUUUCAUCCGAAGACUUUCUCAAGGUUGAUGAUAAAACCUUAUUGAAAAUACUGUGCCGAGAUUCAUUGAAAAUCCGAGAGAUUGAUCUGUUUCAAGCAAUCGUCAAAUGGUCUAGAUCUGAAUGCACCCGCAGGAAUAUAUUUUCAACAGUUGAGAACCAACGCCUAGUUCUCAAGGAACCUCUUAGUCUCAUUAGAUUCCCCACAAUGACACUUGAAGAGUUUUCAUCGAAAGUUGCUGCAAGUGAACUUCUCGCAGAAAAGGAAGUUAUCAGUUUGUUCUUAUACUUCAACGGCGUCAAUAAUUCCUCAAACAAUUUUGUCUGCAAACAUCGAGCUUUUGGACCACGUCUUGCACCUACUGCUCCAAAAUCUGUCGCUUCUUCUAUGGAUGUAGAAAAGGAACUAGGGGAAAUCCCUGAUUCAGAAUUAGAAGAUGGUCCCAGUGGAAGAAUUACGGGCCAACAGGAGGAUUUUGUCGUCGAAAGAUUUCGAAAAGUCAAGAACAAGUGGGUUUAUCUUGAUUAUAAUCGAGAUUACGAUGAGAUCGGAUUUCAUGUGGAUCACGAUGUCAAACUCAACGCUGUAAGUCUGUAUGGGGCAAAAAACCCACAUUUCGCUGAAUAUCGCUCCUCAAUAGAAGUUGUUGAUCGGAACACAAAGGAGUUGCUGGGAAAAGUAAAAUAUCUAAAUUUGACGUCAUCUGAUGAAAAAUACAAGGUGUCUUUCAAGCAACCAAUAAGUUUGACUGCACUCAAGAAGUACUCAAUCCGGGUAAAAAUCGAGGGUCCACCAUCUCUGUACGGAUGUCAAGGGCAUAAAAAGGUCAAAACAGAGUUGCCAAGUGGCAGAGUUGUGUCUGUCACAUUCUCUACCAUUGACGAGCGCCGAACGAAUGUGGAAAUGGGACAGGUACCAGCCCUGUAUUUAACCCUCCAUGAGUCUUAAGCUUCUUAUAACUAGAGUAUGUUCCUAUUUUCAUAAUUUAUAAAUUUUGAUUGUUGAUCUCAGUAUUUAAUUUUUUCUCUGCUCUGCUAGAAAAUUGUGAAUGUGGCUUGAAGAAGAGAAAAUUUAAUAAGUUUUUUGAGCUUAAGUGGUUUUCCUUUACUGAAAAUUAUCAAAUUUUAGUGACAUGUUGAAUUUUGAUUGUUUGUAAUAUGUUAUGACUUCCUCUCACAACUACAUAUCUCAGUUUUUUGUUUAUUUAAUUUUACUAUUUUCUUAUUUUUGUAAUGAGAGACCUCUUGUUUUUGGUAAAGACUUUAUAUUAAUGUCAUUUUAUGUAUUCUUUGACGUAAUUUUUUAA